AUGCAUUGCCUCCAACUGUUGCAGAAUACAUCUGCUAGGAUCAUUACAGGAACAAAGAAAUGUGAGCACAUCACACCGAUUUUACAAGAACUUCAUUGGCUACCUGCUUCCUUCAGGAGCAUUUUCAAGAUUUUGCUCAUUACUUUUAAGACUCUGAGAGAUGAAGGUCCUGGGUAUCUUAGUGAACUGCUUGUAUGGUACGAGCCAUUGCGAACUCUCUGCUCUGGUAAUGACGAACUUCUGCUUGUUGAGACUAGGUCUACAUGUUCAUGGGAUGAUCGAUCAUUUGCUGUUGCGGCUCCAUGCCUUUGGAAUAAACUUCCAAUAAAUAUUCGCUUGUGUCAGUCUACUGCUUUGUUCAAAAAAGCUCUCAAGACGCAUCUGCUGUCGGCUACUUUUUCCUAG